CUGUUUUUUAUUUGUUGAAUAUUAAUACAAUUUUUAAUCUGAAUCUUUUUUUUGGAUUUCCAAAGUCAGGGAACAGACACAGUCUCUGUAUGAUAUAUAGGUGAAAGAGGCUCUAUGUGAUGGGAUUUAUCUGACGUCGGUGUCGCGAGGCCGCUAGCAGACGGUGGGUUUAUCCAGUCUGACCUGAGCCCCAGAUGGGCAUGUUUGAGCUCUAACGAGACAGAAGAGCAGCACCAGCCCAGGAGGGAUGAACACCAUCUCUCUUCAACAGGAUGAAAUGAACAGAAGAGAGCGGAUCAUCAGACACACACACACACACCUGGAUGAAGACAGCUGUCCUGCGGAACGAGCCCCCAAGAGUCGCAUCGUCACCGCAGAUGUUGUGCAGGUUACUCCUCCUCGACCCCUGCGCGUUCUGCCAGGAUGUAAAGGUCCCCCCAUCAACAGAGACAUCAAGCCCGGGAGACUCCCGAAGAGUGCAUCAGCUGGGAGACUGGAGUCCAUGGGAUCCGCUGACAGGGCGGUCGCCGUCCCUCAGAGGCCGGUGAGAUCGUUACCCAGAGAUCACCUGUGUUUACCAGCGCUCCCAGUGCAAGCCGUCCCCCCCGACCAGAACCAGUCCAGCUCGCCUCCGUCCAGACCGGCUCCGGCACUGAGCAGAACACACACCGGCAGACCUGCGUGGAUGCAAUCAAGUCCAUGUGAAACAGAGAAUGUUAAAACAACACCCCCCUCUGCAGGUCGCGCGUCUCACAGGUUUUCUCUGGAUCUGGACUCGCAGGAUGUGGACAGUGCCUUUGAGAGCGACAGCAGCUCGUCCGAAUCUCACGCCAGGAAAACACAACAUCACGAGUGGCCGCCGGCGAGAGGAGAAGCUCACGGCAGCUUUACCAGCCACAGCAAACCUGCGCAGGGGCUGGCGGAGCAGAACUGGUAUGUCGGGUCGGUCAGUCGAGUGGAGGCCGAACACGCUCUUCAUCUCGUCAACCGGGAAGGAGCUUUUCUAGUGCGCGACUGCUCUAAGAACACUACCCAUGAGCCCCUGGUCCUCGGCGUGUUUUACGACAAGCGGGUUUUUAACAUCCAGAUCCGCUUCAGCGAGGACAUCUGCAAAUACACUCUGGGAACGGGCCUCCGAACCAACGACAGGUUCGACUCGGUCACCGACAUCAUCAAGUUCCACUCCAUCUUCCCCAUCGUCCUCAUCGACGGACGCAAGACUUCCUCAGCGGCCAAUCAGAAGAGGCAGUGUGUCCUGAUGUACCCCGUCACGAAGCAGGAUCUGGCGGAGCUACUGGACUGAGCAAACACAAGCAACAUCUACAGGACUUCAACUGACCUUUGACCUUAACAAGAGCUCAUUUGCAUGUUAGUCAAUUACAAAAAAAACAUGCUAAUGCGCUAAUCGACAGAAAUAACCGCGCUUGCAUUUUAAUGCAUUAUAAGGUUUGCAUUGUGACUGUAGAUACACAACCAUCAGUCUGAGAACACAAGCUCAUUCAUUGGGCAGUGUGUGUGUGUGUGUGUGUAGUAUAUGAAGGACUAAACACACCCUUACCUGUGUGUGAGCUGCGGUCGGUCGCACGGGAAGAGGCGUACACCGGAUUAGGACUGGCUGAAUGCAGACGCACACAACAACUGCUUUUACAUUUGCUUUAAUCCAUUUCAGGUUUCAUUUCAUCCCACUUUACAGUGUUUAGCCUUUAUGAAUAAUUUAAAAAUAGAUAUAGCGCUCGUGAAGCCUUGGAACGAUAAACAGCACAUAAAACUCUUGACAUAUUUAGUUGCUUCUUGGACAGUUUGCUGUAACUUUACAUAACUUGAACAGUAAUAAAAGAAAACGGACAGUUUACUGGUUUGAUCAUUUGAGGUAGAUUAAAAAAGUGUUUUAAGAAGUUAAACAAGACUUUAAUGAGUACAUCCUACAAAAGGAACACACUACAGCAGUGCACUGAAAUACUGGGACGAUAUACGCAAACACUGUUUAAAUA